GAGCCCUAGCCAGAUUUUCGGUGGGGACUGUAGUGGAGAUUUUUGCAGGCUGAGAUAGUGGGACGUACGUUAUUUUUUGGAGGAGAACAGAGUGAGAGGCCACGUUUGGAAAAGUUCUCAACACGCAUCGUUGAAAAAUACAACAGGUUGACGCGUCACCAUGACGACAGAAGUGGGCUCUGAGACAGAGGUGAAGGAGAAAGCCGAGGAGUCAGCCGCUGAGACCGACCAAUCGGAGAAGGCCUCAGAAGAAGCUCCGGAAGUAACUGCCGCCGAGGGAGAGGAGAAGGAGAAAGAGAAGGAGAAAGACGGGAAGGAGGGAAAAGGAAUAGCUCGAUACCUGCCAACAUGGCUUAAGAAGCAGAAGUCUCAGACCUCCCCGACCAAGGAGGAGCCAACCACCGGGGAAAGCGAUAGCAAGGAUGCACAGGAAGAGGACGGGCCUGUCCCAGAAGUGAACGGUCACGCAGAGGAAGAUAACGAGGCAGUAAAGUCGGACCAAGUGAAGGAAAAAGAAGCAGAAUCUCAUUCCACAGCCAGCGCAGACACCGAGCCUGCAAAGGAGGAGAAGGUGGAAGAGAGUGCUGAGAAAAGUCCAGAGGAGACCGCAGUGACAGAAGAAGGAGAGGGAGCGGAGGAGGAGAAGAAGGAGCAGGAAGGAGAAGGUGAAGCACAGGGAGAAGAAGGAGGAGGAGAGGAGGGCCAUACAUCUAUUUUCCAGUCUCCUCUUCGACUGGUGAGGAAGAACAAGAUGAAACUGGCGGUGUGUCUCGUGACGCUCCUGGACGGGACAGACUUCACCUGCGAGGUGGAGAAACGUGCCAAGGGCCAAUUCCUCUUCUUUAAGGUGUGUGAGCACCUUAACCUCAUGGAGAAAGACUACUUUGGACUCGCUUACAUUGACAGCCAUGAACAGAAGUGUUGGUUGGAUCCCACUAAGGAAAUCAAGAGACAGAUACGCAGUAACAACUGGCAGUUUGCAUUCAACGUCAAGUUUUACCCCCCCGACCCCUCACUGCUCACUGAAGACAUUACCAGGUACCUGUUGUGUCUGCAGCUCCGUGAAGAUGUGGCUUCAGGACGACUGCCUUGCUCCUUUGUCACUCACGCUCUGCUGGGGUCGUACACACUGCAGGCAGAAGCCGGUGACUAUGAACCCGACCAGCCUCUGCCUCUGGACAACGUCGGUCAGCUGACCUUUGCGCCCAAUCAGAACAAAGAGAUGGAGGAGAAGAUUCUUGAACUCCACAAGUCUCACAGGGGAAUGACACCGGCACUAGCAGACAUCCAGUUUUUGGAAAAUGCCAAGAAGCUUUCCAUGUACGGGGUGGACCUGCACCAUGCUAAGGAUUCUGAGGGCGUGGACAUCAUGCUAGGUGUGUGCGCUAACGGACUCCUGGUUUACAAAGACAGGCUGCGGAUAAACCGAUUCGCCUGGCCCAAAAUCCUCAAGAUUUCAUACAAGAGGAACAACUUCUACAUUAAGAUCAGACCAGGAGAGACGGAGCAGUUUGAGAGCACGGUGGGAUUCAAACUCCAGAAUCACCGCUCUGCCAAAAGGCUGUGGAAAGUCUGUGUGGAGAAUCACAGCUUCUUCAGAUUGAACGCACCCGAGCCCCCUGCCAAGGCCCGCUUCUUGACCCUGGGCUCCAAGUUCCGUUACAGCGGGCGGACCCAGGCCCAGACCCGCGUGGCCAGCUCCCUCAUAGACCGCCCCGAACCCUGCUUCGAACGCACCGCGUCCAAACGCAGCAGCCGCAGUCUGGAUGGAGCACCAAGGAUCAGCAUUACUGAAGCCACAUCUGAGAAUGGACAUGAUCCCCACCUGGAUCUCCACUCUGACUCUAAGGUUAUGGAGGUGGACUUAAGCCCUGGUGAUGCGGAAGCCACGCCCACCCAGUCACUGGGAGCCAGUGAGCCCGCCCCCUCUCAGAGUCCAAACAGAGUGCAUGGGGACAAUAUUUAUGUGAGGCACAGUAAUUUAAUGUUGGAGGACCAUGAUAAGACCACGGACGAGGUUCUGAAACACCAAGCGAGCAUUAGCCAGCUAAAGCGCUCCUUUAUGGAGGCGCCACCUCCCUCUCCUCCUCAGCCCAACCAGUGGGAGAACCGUCUCACCUCCUCCCCCGCUCCAACGAUACGUAUUCAGCAGCAACAGCAAGUGGAGAGUGCGCCCCAACUGGAAGAUGUCCCCGCCGCAGAAAACUUGAUCUCUGAAACCAAAGAACCUGCAAAGACGGCCGAAGUUGAAAUCGAAGAAACCGUUGUCGUCCAAGAGGUUUCCAUAGCGCCCAAACCUGGACCCGUCUCGGUUACGAGCCCACAGGAAGUGACGGUGGAAAAGGAAGUAGUCGUAACGGUGGAAACGAAAGAGGCGAAGCAGGAGAGCGUUUCAUCGGAAAGCGAGAGCGAGGAAGAAGCGGAGUACCAUCCGAAUGUUUCCGUGUCUAUCUGCCACACACAAAUACCAGAGGAGGAAGAGGAGGAGGAGGAGGAAGAGAAGGAGGAGGAAAAGAAGGAGGAGGAAAAGGGUGUGUCGGUUCCAGAUGGUCCUUCCCUUCCCGCUGAAGUAGAAGAAGAGGAGAUCGAGAAGAAGAAGAAGAAUGUAGAGGAGGAAGUAGAAGCUAAGAGCAACGAUGAUCCAAUCACAACACAGGCUACAAACGGUCACACCCUGCCGGAGGAAAGUGGUCUCGCCCCGGAAGAAGAAGAAGAGGAGGAGGAGGAGGAGGAAGAGGAAGAGCUGAAAAUGAACGGAGAAGCCUCUGUGAUAGAAGCAGAACCCCGGCCGCUGGUUAUUUGUUGCUCCGAGCCACCUGUGGUAAAGACAGAAAUGGUGACUAUAUCAGACACGUUUGCAGCCCAGAAAACUGAGAUAGCUACAAAAGAAGUUCCCAUCGUACACACGGAAACCAAGACCAUCACAUACGAAGCCGCACAGUUGGAUGGUAACGGCGAUGGCGAGCCCGGUGUGCUGAUGACAGCUCAGACAAUCACCUCUGAAUCUCUGUGUACUACUACAACCACACACAUUACCAAGACGUUAAAGGGCGGCUUAUCAGAGACGAGAAUUGAGAAACGCAUCGUCAUCACUGGAGACUGUGACAUCGACCACGACCAGAGCUGAAGGACCCAUCGUGACUGUUUUCUCCGCUGACGUCGAGCGACCUUCAUCACCCUACGACAACCCUGACUGACUGAAGAGGAGGAAGAGGAGGAGAGCUGGAGAAACAGAAAGGAGACAAACAGAGAGAAGUCGCUCACCUCUUCCCUGUCCAUCGUUCUUACAUUUCUGUGGUGCAUCUGAAUCCCUCACUCCCAAAACGAGAAAAAAAGAAAAAAAAAUACAACUUCCGAGGGAACAAAAAAAAGAACCACUUUGUUAGCUUAACAUUUGUAGCGUGUUUUAAUUUUUUUUAAAUAGUGUUUUUUUCUUUUAACUGUUUUACAAAAAGAGAGGUAGUGUGUCUGUCAUGUAUUUCAAACUCAAAAGCUUAAGGGAUGCACCGAUAACCAAAAAAUGAGUGAACGCAUUGAUUAUUUCUCAAAAGUCAAAGUAUGUUUUCCAGUUUUUUUUUAGAUGUAAAGGUACUGACAAUCACAAAUAUCUUUAUCAUUUUUUUUUCUAAAAAGGAAUAAAUAUGACGCUAAAGCUUUGUACUUUUUUUACUGUAUCAGCAGUGGAAAAGUGGAAUUGGUGCAUUCCUUAGAAAAAAGUAAAAAAAAAGUUCUGUUUUAAAUUACAGCUCCCUCCCUCACUGACUGUGGUGUAAAUGGAGAGGGACACAAUGUAACAAAGUACUUAAAUAUUUAACAAUAACAAGUAAGAACUGCUCGUUUUUCAACAAAAUCAAACAGUCUUACUCAUAAAAUCACUUUCACAGUCAAAUGAAGAACCAGGCGUGUCACGUUAUCACAUUUUAACACUAACAAUUAUAAAAAGAAAAAAAGUAGGGAGCUGUAACUUAAUCUAUCGCAGUAAAAACAAAUCAACAACGUUUUGUUUCAAAUUUUUAUGAUUGUGUCUUUUUUUUCUGUAAGUAUAGUUGUUAUUCAUCCACAUUCCUUGUGUGUUGACUGGCUGCUGAGUGAGUUCAUUUUCAGUUAAAUCCACUUAAAUCUAAGAAGAGAAUUUACAUUUUGCCAUUCACUGUGGACGGGAAAGAAAAGGAACAUUUAUUAAACGUGACACCAGACAGGUGGAAUUACUUCCUUGUGAUAUAUUUGUAAGUUUUACUGUAUUUAAGAAUUCAAUUUUACUAAAUUGACUGAAAAUGAACUGACUUUAAAGCUAUACAACUCUGUACAGUAAAACUAAAGGUUAUUAGACGGGAUGCAGCUUUUCGUUAGCUAAAUGCUCUCCCUGGGCCCGCCCACUGUACGACACUAGCCAUUCCUAUUGGGCCGCAGGGAAGCAAGGGAGCAGUCUUUUGAUUGGGAGAGAGGACCAGUAAACUGAAAGAUAAUUGGGAGAUAGAGGUGGCGCUGCGCAGUGCCAACUAACAACUUUGGGAAAAUACAUUUAAAGGAUAUUGGCCUUUACUCUCUGACAAGGGAAUGUUAUUCACUCAUGAUUUAAUUUGAAUACUUUUAGGACAAUCUUUAAUACAAAAUCUGCAAAUUAAGCACAGGUACCAAACGGAGGAAAAUUCAGAUUUAUUUUUGCUAAUUUUGCAGCAGUUUGCCAUCAUAGUUCAGCACUUCAUUUCAUUCCCAGCUUCGUUUCAUAAAAAGCCAACCAACCCUGCCAGAUAAAAUAAGAUCUGGGAUUUAAUUGAGCAUGUCUUCACAUAUUUGUAUCUUAAGCGAGACUAGGUGGAAGGCUAAUGUGUUUGAUUGGUUUGAGAGUGUGUAGAUAACAGAUUAUCCUACAGUACGUAGAGAUAAGAUUCUCAACAGCGGCUUAUGUCGUAACUGUUUCACCGCAACCAAAAUAUUCUUCAGCAUUAAAGCUAUUUUACAAUCAGUAGCCAGUACACUACAAUCGGACAGUUACAACCAAAAAGUAAAAUGCUGCUUAAAGGGAAACUUAUCCGAGGGUUUGAAGUGCUCUUGAAACCCCUUGAAUCUCAUGUUUUAUUCAGUUUUUGGUGUCAUUUUACCGCAAAUAUUCCACAAAAAUGUGACUGUGUAAAUAUUGGUGGCAUUAAAUGGGAUAGAGCAAGAGGUCGACAAAGAUUUUCAGUGUGAGCUGCGGAAAAACAAAUUGUCCUGAAAUGUACACGAUUUUUAACUAAGAAGUGCCAGAGAUUGAUUUGAAAACACUUCCCGACUAACUGGACAUAGAGGCAUUUUGAAUUGGAGACUUUUAUCGUUAGGAAAUGUUAACACACAUUCUCCACGUACCACUUGAUUGAGUGGUAAUGAAUGCCUGGGCUUUCUAUGGGGACACAAUGGUCUGACCUUUUCUAUGCAGUUAAUUUACAUUCCAGAUGAGGGGGAAGCUUCAACCUUUAACCCCCUAACGCCACAAAGCAGCAGAAAAACAUUUUAUAAAAACAACCGUGAAACGCUAGGCAGCUUUGGAAACUUUCGCUAUCAAAAGAAAAAUCACACUUUGAAAAAGGAAUUGCUUGUAUCACAACAGCUAUAUUUGUAGAUUUGCUCAUUGUCUUAUCUCUGUGAAAUUGAUGUAGUUGGGAUCUAAUGGCGCCCUCUCUGAUAUUUUUAAUAUUGUCUCAGUGU